AGGAAGAAAGCUUGUGUUUGGCUCGGUGCUUAAUUCGGGUCAGGUAUGGUAGACCUGGGCAGCUCACACCAUGGAGGCCAGGGAGCAGAGAGAGAUGCCUGAUCCCACGGGCUCCCCACCUGCCGGGUAUGCUGCUUAUGUUUAGUGCCACUCUAUCCCUCUCUGGAAACUCGGGAGAGCUACCAAUCUCCAGGGCUCUUAGCAAUCCAUUCAAGCUGACAAUCAAAAUUACUCUUAGCAAACCCCUCAGGUUGCCAGGCUUGCACAGUGAGCACAUUACCAACUUAGCCAUCUCACCAACCCCACAUCCUUGUUAACAUUUGUUGUUUUCGUUCUUUGUCUUUCUGGUAAUGGCUUUCUUAACAGAUGAGAUAUAUAUCACUGCCGUUUGGCUUUGCAUUUUCCCAGUGGUCAGUUAUUUUAAGACUUCUAUAUACCUGUUGGUGAGUCUUUGAAGACAUGUCUGUCUACUCCAGUCAGUCCUUUGCCCAUCUUUAAAUUGCAUUAUUAGGUUUUGUUCCAUUUCUAGAGCAGCAUGUUUUGGAUAUUAACCACUUUGUACACCUGCCACCCACAUACACAGAGUUUGCUUAGCAAACAUUUCCUAUCAUUCAAUAGUUGGUCCUUUCAACUCUGAGUAUUCCUUUGCCCAGACUUCUUUUAUUCUGAUGUAGUUGAAUAACACUUAUUUUCAGUUUUUCUUCUGCUGUUAAUAAAUGACUAAUAGUGAAAGACUGUUGAGCGCGAAGACUAACUAAGCAGAAGCAGAGAAUCUGUAUUACACAAUCCAAAGCCCAGCGAAUAUCACAGAGGGGAACCAGAAGAUGGGGAGGGGUGCUAUGAUACUCUGUUCAUUGUCUGAACUCACAGCUCGUGUGGAUACCUGCACAAUACCUACCUACACAAGGUGGGACUCCCGUGAACAUGCCUUCACGGAUGAAGAAAGUGCUCACAAUGCCCUACCCGUCCUUGAAGAGCUGUUGACAGUUAAUGGGUUGCCAGAGGAAGGGGAGUCAUUCUCCUUAGUAAUGUAAUCACUGGUAAGUUGCCCACACAUUAGUAAAUAACUCCCCUCUGUGCUCAUGUAAGCUCCCCUAAAGACCUCAGUGGUUUCAUUAAGACAUGCCCAUAGCAGGAGGAUUAGUUGGAAAGUAGGCAGCAGGAAAGGACAGAAAUCAGAGGAAGUCAGGGAGGAUUAUCUGAUCAAAACACAUUGUAUUCAUGUAUGAAAUUUUCAAAAAAUGUAUACAUAUAAAAAUUUCAAGAUGUCAGUUUUUCUAACUUAAUCUAUAAAUUAAAUGUAAUUCCAGUCAAAAUCCUAGCAAGCUAUGUUGUGGGCAUCAACAAAGUGACAUCUAAAUUUUAAAUGGGAGGGUAUUAUAAAAGAUCUGGGGGUUGGGGAUUUAGCUCAGUGGUAGAGCGCUUGCCUAGCAAGCACAAGGCCCUGGGUUCAGGCCUCAGCUCCGGAAAAUUAAAAAAAAAAAAAAAAAGGAUCUGAAGUAGCCAACACAGUUUUGAAUAAUGAAGUCAAAAGCUUUGUUAAGUUUCUGGUUGUUGCUACUGUUUUGCUAUUAAGACGUAUUCAUUAUUUAUUUUGGGGCAUUAACCACUUUGUGUUUGUGUGUAUACAUAUAUAUGUAUGUGUGUAUAUAUAGUAUGUAUAUAUAUGGUUUUCAGACAACCUCAAUACUGAAAAACUAUAAUCAAGACUAGAGUCUUGGCAAUGAAACAAACAGAUAAUAGAGAAUGGAGUACCCAGAAAGAAUCAAACUCAUACAAAUGCAAUCAACUAAUAGUUGAGGAUGAGAGCAGGGCCACAUGAAGGGUGGGGGCAUCAGGAUGAAGGCUGUCCUAUCCACUCUGGCUGCUCUGGUCAUUGGUUCCUCUACUUCCCAGUUUAAUAAAGGGUGGGGGCAUCAGGAUGAAGGCUGUCUUAUCCACUCUGGCUGCUCUGGUCAUUGGUUCCUCUACUUCCCAGUUUCAUAAAGGGUGGGGGCAUCAGGAUGAAGGCUGUUCUAUCCACUCUGGCUGCUCUGGUCAUUGGUUCCUCUACUUCCCAGUUUCUGGCCGGCCUUCUGCACCAGAGGCUCCUGGAACUCAUUUUGUAGACCAAGUUGGCCUCAGACUCACAGAGAUCUGCCUGCCUCUGCCUCCUGGGUGCUGGGAUUUAAGGUGCGACCCACCACUGCCAGGCACCUGAGGCCCCUCAUCUUAGAGGAAUCUGGACUAGCUUCCGGAAACUGUGUGAACCACUGAAAGCAUGCAAACUCUUGACAGUAUAUAUUUUUCUAGAAAGAAAGAAAAAGCUACUAGUUUUUUUUAUUUUCUCAAAGAGGUCUUGUGAGCACCCCCAGCACUGCCUCCCCCAAAAUUAAGAACCACUACAUGGGGCAUCCCUGUUUGUAAUACCACCACUUGGGAGGCUGAGGCAGGAGGACUACCAGGAGUUCAAAGCCAGCUUGGGCUAAAUGGCAAGACCCUAUUUUAAAAGAACAAACACAAAGAAAAAAAACCCUGCAAUAUUUUAAAGCUGUGUGGGCCCCAGUUUUUUGUUUUUUGGUUUUUUUUUUUUUUCUAAAGAAAGUGAAGCCUCUCUUCAGUGCCUGGAUUGAAGAGAAGCAAGCUGUUCCAGGUCCUUUCUUCAUCUUCUCUUUCUUAGUGUCAGGGUUUAGAUAUGAAGUGUCCUCCCCAAAAGAUUCCUGUACUGAAGUUCUGGCCCCCAGUAGAAGCAAUGUUCAGAAGAGUAUCUUUGAGGUCAUGGGGAAUAAUCCAUUGAUGGAUUCCAGGUUUUAUUAGACUGAUGGGAUGUGGUGGCACUUUGGAAGGCAGAGCCUAGUUGGAGAAAGUAGGUCACUGAGUGCAGCAAUGAUAAACUUUGUUCUUGGCCUUCUUGUCAUCUUGCUUCCUCGCUGCAUUGAGGUGAGCAGCUUGGCCUCAUCAACCAUACCCUUCCUCCAUGCUCUGCCUCAUCAACCAUACCUUUCCUCCAUGCUCAGCCUCAUCAGCCAUACCUUUCCUCCAUGCUCUGCCUCAUCAACCAUACCUUUCCGCCAUGCUUGGCCUCAUCAGCCAUACCCUUGUACCCGACCAAAGUCUAGAAACAACAGAACCAAAAUCCUUCCUGCUUUAAGUUGUCUCAGGUAUUUUGUCACAGAAGUGAAAAGUCUGCCUAACAUACACACAUGUCAUUCUGAAACCCAAAAGAGACUCCAUUAAAUAUGUACUUCCCAUGUUCCCCACUAAAGUGCAUUACCUCAAGAAAUACCCAAUUGUAUAAGUCAGAAAUUUAUCAGCCAGCUUCUGUCUAAAUUGCCUCUACCUCCUUUCUCUCUCCCUGAUAUCCCACAUUCAAUGGAUUCUGAAUCUACAUUUUUCUUUUUUGAAUCACUAUCUCCUCUUUCCUUAGAAUUGCCACUAAACCAAUUUCCAUACAGAUUGCUUGGUUCUCCACAUCCAUCUGUGCUUGAGGGGUUAGAAUUAUCCUCAUAUUGCAUGGGAAGCAAAGGUUUCCUGUAAAGUUAAGGAGAAGAAAGGAACUUCAGAAUACCAACAAGAAUUAGUCUAUCUAGACAGGUAGUGGUGUCCCACACCUUUACUCCCAGCACUCAGAAGGCAGAGACAGGCGGAUCUUCGAGUUCGAGGCCAGCCUGGUCUACAAAGUGAGUUCCAGGAAAGGCCUCACAGAGAAACCCUGUCUCAACCCAUCCCCCAAAAAAGAAUUAGUUGAUCUAGUUAUUGCAGUCUCUCCAUGACUGUGAAUUCUUCACACUGAUAUUACUCAGGCUCUAAUAAUGGUGAGACAGAGUUCAUAAAUGGAGCAUUAGUAUCCAUGACACACCAACAACAACAAAAACCACGUACAUGGCAGGAUUUUUUGUUUUCUAGUCAUCUUGAAGCUAGUUUUAAUUAUGCCAAAAACAAAAACAAAAAAACGAACAUGACCACAAGGGAUAGAUAUACUGAAACUGUGUUAUCUAAAAUAAUUGGAGAAAUUUAAUCUCUGAAUAGUGUCACUUGCCACUGGGUGUGGUGACUGAAGCCUGUAAGCCCAGCACUCUCAAAGCUGAGGCCAAAGGUUUCAAGAAUUCUAGGCCAGGGCUUCAAAUACAACUCAGUGGUAGAGUGGUAUUGCUUAGCACACAUGAACUCCUAAAUUCAAUUAUCAGCACAAAAAGAAAAAGAGGAGGAGGAGGAAUCCUGAGACUCGCCAGGCCCUGCUACAUACUGUCAUAAAAGAGCAAGGAGGGCAAGGUGACUCAUGCCUUUAAUCCCAGCACUCUAUCCCAGCAUGUGAGAGGCAGAGACAUGUGGAUCUCUGUGAGUUCAAGGUUCACCUGAUCUACAUAGAAAGUCCCAGGCCAGAGCUACAUGGAGAGACCCUGUCUCAAACAAAAUUGUACAUGGAAGUAUUUCUUAUUAUGGAGGCUAAAUAUUCUGCAUUUGGAAACUUCUUUAGUACUAUGUAUCAACACAUUCUAGGAUGUAAAUACAUAAAGUUUGAAUUUUGCUAAAGAAUGAUCUAAUUAUUCUCAACUCUUGAUAUAAAUCCUAGUUCCCCAAAUCUGCACUAUUCUAGGAAUAUUGGUUUCUGAGUCCAAAAAUAUCAUCUAGUCCUCCCUCAUUUUACAGAUGGUGAAACAAAAUCUGAAGAGAUACUGGUUUCUGUAUGUAUGUCAGAGUGAAAAGUAGAAACUUCCGUCUCUCUGUAUUUAAAUCCUAAUAUCUAAACUGGACGGACACAAGAUCAGCAAAGCUGGUUCGGACAGAGAAACCUGUGAGGAGAGGAGUGAGCAUCGUUAGGUAGAAGUCUAGGCUUCUGUAGUUCUUACAUAAACUUCACGGAGAGGGGUAAACCCUGCAGCUCAGGAGAAGGUAACAACGCUUGAACUUCUCCGCGCUAGAGGGCGCUAGACGCUCUAUUUUAGUCCCAGGAACCUGAGGAUUCACCAGCCGGAAAUUCUUUGCCCAUAACAAAGAUGGCGCCUGGUGACCUACACCAAUCAGGUUGCUCUACUGAGAGGCGGUGUUUUACCCCCUCCCAGAAUCAGUGUCAUCGUACAAUUCCGGCGUAGCCAAUCAGAGCGUCCUCCACAGACGAGCGCGUGACGUCAGAGGUGGGGCGGAGUCCAGUUGUAAUUUUUGGCGCGUUCCUGCGUGGACCGGGAAGAGGACCGGGUCUUGGCCAAGAUUCUUCAUUACUCACCUCCUGGGCCACCUACCUGAUCCGCCUUCACGCUUGCUCAUCUCCACUAUUGUCUUGACAGCAUGGAUGUGGAGGAAGAUGACUUGUCUCUGCUGACGUCUCUGCUGGAGGAGAACGAGGCCGCCUUGCCUUGUCAUUCAGAAGAGAGUAACUCGUUGUCUCUGAAAGACGGUGAACCUGAUGAAUUUGAUGAGCUUUUUGAUGCUGAUGGCGAUGGUGAAUCUUACACAGAAGAGGCUGACGAUGGAGAAGAGGAGAAGACAGAAAAGCAGCAGGAAAAUUUGGCCACUCUCUUUGGCGAUGUGGAGGAUUUAACAGAUGAUGAACUUCCUACACUGCAAGUUGAAAACAAGGUCCCUACUCCCAGCCAAGAAAAAACCAAUCAGGAGUUGCAAGAUGAAUUAAAGAAGCUGCAAGAGCAAAUGAAAUCCUUACAGGAGCAGCUAAAAGCAGCAUCGAUUAAACAAUCUCCAAGUGCAGCCCUUUUACACGAAUCACCUGAAGGUGCAUCUCUUCGGCCCCCUCUUAAGGAGAAGAAAGUUCGGAGAAUUCAGGAGUCAGCAUGCUUCUCUGCAGAGCUUGAUGUCCCUGCCUUACCCAGAGCCAAGCGGGUGGCUAGGAUGCCGAAGACUCCUGCAGAGUUAUCUUCAAGGACAAGUACACCCUCACAACCACUACAGGUCAUUUCCAAUUUUCUGGAGCCCCAAAGCUCCUCUUCAAGGGCAAAAAGUGCACCCUCACCACAAACCGUUCCUGGAAACAAACCCAGUGGGAUGACUAGAAAUCAGAGCGCAGGAACCCCUGGGAAUUCUGAGGAACGGCCGCCUCAGGUGCCCCAGGUCUCCGUGGAAGCCUUCUCGGGCCUACGACUCAGGCGACCUCGAGUGUCCUCCACAGAAAUGAACAGGAAAAUGACAGGUCGGAAACUGAUCAGGCUGUCUCAGAUCAAGGAGAAGGUGGCAACUGAGAACCUGGAAGAGACGGACUGGGUGACAUUUGGGGUUAUACUGAGGAAAGUCACUCCACAGAGCACUAACAGUGGGAAAACAUUUAGCGUCUGGAAACUGAACGAUCUUCGUGACCUGACUCGGUGUGUAUCCUUGUUCUUGUUUGGAGAAGUCCACAAAGAUCUCUGGAAGACAGAGCAAGGGACUGUCAUAGGCUUGCUCAAUGCAAAUCCCAUGAAGCCCAAAGAAGGCUCCGAGGAGGUGUGCUUAUCUAUUGACCAUCCGCAAAAAGUCUUAAUUAUGGGAGAAGCUAUGGACCUGGGAACCUGUAAAGCCAAGAAGAAGAAUGGAGAGCCGUGUACACAGAUUGUUAAUUUGCAUGACUGUGAAUACUGCCAGUACCACAUCCAGGCCCAGUACAAGAAGCUUAGUGCAAAGCGGUCCGAUCUGCAGUCCACCUUCUCUGGGGGACGGAUUCCGAAGAAGUUCCGAAAAGGCACCAGCCUCAAAGAGCGCCUGUGCCAAGAUUGUUUCUACUAUGGUGGGGUUUCUUCUGAGUCCUUUGCAGCGUCCAUGGCAGCAGCUAUGGCCCCUAAGAAGAAGGUUCAAACCACUUUGACUAAUCUGGUUGUGAAGGGCACAAACGCCAUCAUCCAGGAAACAAAACAAAAACUCGGAAUUCCCCAGAAGAGCUUGUCUUGCUCUGAGGAGUUCAGGGAAUUGAUGUCCCUGCCCACAUUUGGAGCCAGAAACUUAAAGCAUUUAGCCAAAGCCAAGACUUCAGGCGUAAUGGGGAGCCCAAAACCUGCCAUCCAGUCUAUCUCCGCAUCAGCCCUCUUGAAGCAGCAGAAGCAACAGAUGCUAGAAAUGCGGAAGAGGAAGUCAGAAGAGAUACAGAAACGAUUCCUUCAAAGCUCAAGUGAAGUCCAGAGCCCAGCAGUGCCAUCUUCGUCUCGACAGUCUGCUGCCCAGUCUCCUCGGAUUGGGGCCGAAUUCCCCAGGUUGGAAAGAACCACAGCCCCCCGGAUGCCCAAGCUUGGUAGAGGCAUCUCAGAAGGGGAUGAUGUCCUCUUUUUUGAUGAAUCUCCACCACCAAAACCAAAACUGAGUGCAGCGGCAGAAGCUAAAAAGUUAGCUGCUAUUGCCAAAUUAAGGGCAAAAGGCCAGAUUCUGGCCAAAGCGGAUCCAAACAGUAUUGUAAGGAAGCAAAUGGACCCCCAAGAUGUGCUGGAAGUGAAGGAGCGUGCAGAGAAGAGCAGCACGGUUUCUCCUGAAGAUGAGUUAGAGCCUGCCAGGAAGAAAAGGAGAGAGCAACUUGCCUACUUAGAGUCAGAGGAAUUCCAGAGAAUUCUAAAAGCAAAGUCCAAGCACACAGACAUCCUGAAAGAGGCCGAGGCCGAGGCACAGAACUCCUAUUUUGAGCCACUGGUGAAGAAAGAACAAAUGGAAGAAAAGAUGAGGAGCAUCAGAGAAGUGAAAUGCCGAGUGGUGACAUGCAAGAUGUGCACCUACACCCACUUCAGGCCUCUGGAGACCUGCAUCAGCGAACAGCAUAACCUCCAUUGGCAUGAUGGUGUGAAGAGGUUUUUCAAAUGUCCUUGUGGAAACAGGACCAUCUCCCUUGACAGGCUCCCAAAUAAGCACUGCAGUAAUUGUGGCCUUUACAAGUGGGAGCGGGACGGAAUGCUAAAGGAGAAGACUGGUCCAAAGAUAGGGGGAGAGACCCUGUUGCCAAGAGGCGAAGAGCAUGCCAAGUUUCUGAACAGCCUUAAAUAACCCUCUGCAGAUGGUUUCUCACACCUGGC